AUGUUUGUAAUGUUUUUCUUUGUGUCUAUGUUAAUUGUCAGCACCCUGGGAACAUUUAUGAAUGUUUAUCUUUUCUGGAAGUUUUUGAAAAUGAACAAGGGCGGAGGUUUUCUGACAUUUUGCCUCGCUAAAACUGUUCCAAAUACUGUUGUGUGCUCCGCGUUUUUAUUUUGGGUUGUACCAAUCACAGGAUUAUCUCUGACAUACCAACAACUUCCAAGAUUGAUUAAUGUUUUUGUCGGUCAGGUCGCUGGCUUCGGAGCUUAUGUUGCUGGUGCUCUUAUUGAAAUGUUCAUGGCCGUGAACCGUUUUUCCGUAAUUUAUUUUCCCAGCUACAGCUUUAAAAAUGCAAAUUAUAUCAUUGUUUUUGUAUUUAUGGUCUCUAUGAUUUAUGUUUUGUUCGGAUUGAUACCAGAAUCAUGCGGGUUUGUUUUCGACCCUGACACGUUUCUCUGGAGACCGGAGAAGACAGAAUGUGGAGCUCUCAUGGAAGACGUCAUCCUGUAUACUAUUUAUGGGACAUUUGCUAUUUCGAACAGUCUUAACCUAGUCACUUUUGUGAAACUCUGCUUCGGAAAAGCAGAAGGAAUUAGCAAUAUUGAAGUAGUGAGAAGAAGAAGAAAAAGAAUCAAGUUCUUCGUUCAAAGUGUUAUCCAAAAUUGCCUUCACAUCAUUGACAUGAUUAAUUUUAAUUUUAUAUCCAAUCUCAAUGAUGCUCUGUGGUUUAAAUUCAUUUUUACAUCCCUGUCACUUCUAACUAUUCAUACUUUGGACGGGUUGGCAGAAAUAGAUUAG